GAAAAAAUAUUUGUUGAUGACCUCAAAGUAACAAGUAAAAGUUAUAUGUGAUAUGGGCUCACAAAUUAGGUUCCAGCAGAAGCUAGGAGUUUGGCGACAAUCUGAUGAAAGCAGUUUAAUUUAUUUAUCCAAUAUCCUCAAUGAAACUCCAAAAGGAAUAAUGCUUUAUGAAUAUUAUAAAAAAUUUGGAAAAUUUCAAGAUGAUCAAAUAACACAAUUAAUUUCAACAAUUGCCCAAUAUUUCGAGGAGAAAGCUAUUCCCAUGUUUUUAUCUUCAAAUUACUGUCUUGAGAAACAAAUAUUGGAACGAUUUCCUACUGAAAGGAAUUUUAUCAAACGAGUAAAAAAGGAAGACUUAACGAUAAGUGCUCAAAUAGGAAAAAAUUAAUUAAUUGUACAAUUUCCAAGCAUAUCAAUGAAAGAAACACAAAGAAUGAAUCUUCAAAAUGCUCAAAAACACCCUCUGAGAAAACAUUUGGUCGACAUGAAUUUCCAAAUGAUUUUUGGUAAAUCAAACUCUUUUUUCACAGAUUGGGAGAGGUGCUAUCAAAACAUAAUCACAUUCCUCAUGAAAGGGAAAAACGAGAAAGAAAAGGCUGUGAGAGAACUUCUGGGCACUGUUAGUGAAGGAAAUUUCAGUGAAAAUGGACGAGAUGCUUCAAUUGUUUGGAGCUUACUUGCUUAUUUGUUGCCUACGAUGGAUGCGAUUACUGGACAAAAAACACAACCAAAUUUACAAUUAAAGAUUCUCAGGGAUCAUUCCUGUUUGUUGGAAGGUAGAUUCAGGAAGUGGAAGAUCAUAUAG